UCACUUGCGUCUUCUAAUUCAAUGUACUCUUCUUUGGCUCUUCUCUAGUUGCGUGUAGGCAUUGAUAAAAAAAACCAAAGGAAAGCACGCUGGUCUGAACCUAUGCUGUUCACAUAUCCUUAUCCACGGGCAAUUGUGUUGAAGGAUGGCGAGUCCUUUGAGGGUGGCGAUGCUUGUUUGGCUUCUUGCCUUGGGAGUGAUUGCUGGAAGUGUCAAGAGAGCAGAUGGUGCGGUCCCUCCAAGCUCGAUGGCGAAGAUCAGAAUGAUGAACAGUCGAGGUCCAUACAUCGCUAUAGUCGUGCCCAACUCUUUCGAGAUGAACCCUCUUCUCCAAUCUCCGAGCUUUCGAGCUGAUCCGAACUUCCCUUAUUUGGAUAUUUUGGGAAGGAGGUUUCGAUUUGGAAAAGUGGAAAAUAAGGAGGUCAUAGUUGUCAUGACCGGAUUGAGCAUGCUUAAUGCAGGCGUAACCACAGAAUUGCUUCUCGCUCUAUUUGAAGUGAAAGGAGUCGUGCACUACGGGAUUGCCGGAAACGCAAAUCCUCAGCUCCAAAUCGGAGACGUGACCAUUCCUCAGUAUUGGGCUCACACCGGCCUUUGGUAUUGGCAGCGAUUUGGCGAAGGAUCUAACGACGAGCUGGCUUUGGAAUCGAACGGGGACUACACGAGGGAAAUUGGGUAUCUCGAAUUUGCCAAUUACAACAACGCAAGUCAAAGUGGGGAAGAAGAAUUGGGAAAUCUUCUGAACAGGGUGUGGUACCAGCCGGAAGAGGUCUUCCCAAUCGGCGGCGUUCCUGAAGUCAGGCAGCACGCCUUCUGGGUUCCGGUCGACCGGAGCUACUAUGGAUUAUCAGCGAAGAUCACGGAUUUGAAGCUAGGGGCUUGUGUGAACUCUUCAACCUGCCUGCCAAGAGCGCCAAGGGUGGUGAGAGUGGAGAGGGGAGUGAGCGCCAACGUGUUUGUGGACAACAAAGCUUACAGGGAGUUCUUGAGCUCCAAGUUUAAUGCCACUCCGAUCGACAUGGAAAGCACCGGCGUCGCUCUGGUGUGUCGCCAGCUCCGCACGCCCUUCAUCGCCUUCCGGUCUCUCUCCGACUUGGCCGGCGGCGGCUCCUCGCUCUCCAACGAGGCCUCCACUUUCGCCUCCCUCGCCGCUCAAAACGCCGUUGACGCGGUGGUCAAGUUCAUCUCCCUCUUGGCCUCGUAAUCCACCAAUCAACUUUUGCCUUCUUCUAUUCUAUUGUCGAGGAAAAACAUUAGUAUUGAUGUUUGGCCUCCAAGAAAAUUACUACGUCCCCGUGUCUUAGGGUAUGCAUUUUCUCGAGUCGAGUCAGGCUCGAGCUGUUAUUUAAUUGAGCUUGAAUUGCAAUUGUUUUAAUUUGCGAUCGGAUAGUCCGAUUAUUGAUUUGAACGAUGGCCGGACACUGUUAACA